AUGACCGACACGUUACCCGGCGGUGGCGACGUCACGGCGCCGAUGGAGCAGGCCGCCGCCGCCGCCGGGAUGACCGGCUCCGGCGCGGCGGCGGCGGCGGUGGUGUGCUACUCGCCCAUGAAGGUCACCACGUACGGCAUCUGGGAGGGCGUCAACCCGCUGGAGUUCUCCCUCCCCAUCUUCAUCCUCCAGACGGCCGUCAUCGUCGGCACCACCCGCCUCCUCGUCCUCCUCCUCAAGCCCUUCCGCCAGCCCCGCGUCAUCGCUGAGAUCCUCGCCGGCGUCAUUCUGGGCCCGUCGGUGAUGGGGCAGGUCGGGACGUGGGCGGGCACCGUGUUCCCGGGCCGGAGCCUGCUCACCCUGGAGACGGUGGCGCACCUGGGCCUUCUCUACUUCCUCUUCCUGGUCGGCCUCGAGAUGGACGUCAACGUCAUCAAGCGCUCCGGGAAGAAGGCCGUCAUCAUCGCCGUGGCCGGCAUGGCGCUGCCCUUCUGCAUCGGCACCGCCACCUCCUUCAUCUUCCGGCACCAGGUGUCCAAGAACGUGCACCAGGCCUCCUUCCUGCUCUUCCUCGGCGUCGCGCUCUCCGUCACGGCCUUCCCGGUGCUCGCCCGGAUCCUCGCCGAGAUCAAGCUGCUCAACUCGGACCUCGGCAAGAUCGCCAUGUCCGCGGCCAUCGUCAACGACAUGUGCGCCUGGAUCCUGCUCGCGCUCGCCAUCGCCAUCUCCGACGUGAACAGCACCCCGUUCUCCUCCCUCUACGUGCUCCUCUCCGGCGUGGCGUUCGUGCUGGCGUGCUUCUACGUCGUGCGCCCGGUCAUGUGGUGGAUCGUCCGCCGCAUCCCCGAGGGCGAGACCAUCAGCGACGUGCAGGUCACGCUCAUACUCACCGGCGUCAUGAUCUCCGGCGUGUGCACCGACGCCAUCGGCAUCCACUCCGUGUUCGGCGCCUUCGUCUACGGGCUGGUGAUACCCAGCGGGGAGCUCGGCGUGGUGCUGAUCGAGAAGCUGGAGGACUUCGUGAUGGGGCUGCUGCUCCCGCUCUUCUUCGCCAUCAGUGGCCUCCGCACCAACGUGACCCGGGUGCGCGACCCGGUCACCGCGGGGCUCCUGGUGCUGGUGUUCGUCAUGGCCAGCUUCGCCAAGAUCAUGGGCACCAUCCUCAUCGCCAUCUCCUACACCAUGACCUUCCGCGACGGCGUCGCCCUCGGCUUCCUCAUGAACACCAGGGGGCUCGUCGAGAUGAUCGUCCUCAACAUCGGAAGGGACAAGCAGGUUCUGGACGAUGAGUCGUUCGCGGUGAUGGUGCUGGUGUCGGUGGCGAUGACGGCGCUGGUGACGCCGGUGGUGACCACGGUGUACCGUCCGGCGCGGCGGCUGGUCGGGUACAAGCGGCGCAACCUGCAGCGGUCGAAGCACGACGCGGAGCUGCGCAUGCUGGCGUGCGUGCACACCACCCGCAACGUGCCGUCCAUCAUCUCCCUCCUCGAGCUCUCCAACCCGAGCAAGCGCUCCCCCCUAUUCAUCUACGCGCUCCACCUAGUGGAGCUCACCGGGCGCGCGUCAAACAUGCUCGCCGCCCACCACACCGCCGCCAACCAGAACCGCAGCGCCAGCACCAGCGCCAGCGAGCACAUCUUCAACGCCUUCGAGAACUACGAGGAGAGCGUCGCCGGCGUGUCGGUCCAGGCGCUGACGGCGGUGUCGCCGUACCAGACGAUGCACGAGGACGUGUCGGUGCUGGCGGAGGACAAGCACGUGUCGCUCAUCGUGCUCCCGUUCCACAAGCAGCAGACGGUGGACGGCGGCAUGGAGCCCAUCCACCCCGCCCUCAAGGGCUUCAACGAGAGCAUCCUCAACUCGGCGCCCUGCUCCGUCGGCAUCCUCGGGCUCGCCUACGCGUGGCGGAUGGUGGAGAACCCCGGCGUCUGCCUCGCCAUCGUCCGCUUCAUCCCGCCAGGCUACACGGCGCCGCAGCCGGCGGUGGCGCCGCCGUCGUCCGUGCCGUCCGGCUCGCGCGCCAUCACCAUCGUGCCCGACGUGCCCAAGACGGAGCGGCAGAUGGACGAGGAGUACCUCAACGAGUUCCGGUCGCGCAACGUGGGCAACGAGGCCAUCGUGUACGUGGAGCAGGUGGUGGCCAACAGCGAGGAGACCAUGGCGGCCAUCCGGAACCUGGGCAACGCGCACGAGCUGUACAUCGUCGGCAGGCACCCCGGCGAGGAGAGCUCGCCGCUCACGUCGGCGCUGUCCGACUGGAUGGAGUCGCCGGAGCUGGGGCCGAUCGGGGACCUGCUGGUGUCGUCCGAGUUCUCCAAGAUGGUGUCCGUGCUGGUGAUGCAGCAGUACCAGCUCACCGCGGCGGGGCUGCCGGCGGUGCCCGUGGCGGAGGACCCCGUGCGGCAGUACGUGACCAAUGCCAACCAGCGGCCGGCGACGGGGGUCGGCGGAUACCAGUUGGUGGGCCGAGGUGGCUACUGA